GUCUGCAAUGGCUGAAAUUUUGACAUUCUUCUAAGAAAAUGAGUUUAAACAAGCCAAAACGACCUUCUUCGGCAAGGAGAAACAUCAGACAAGAAACUUUUAGUUGCUUUGUUAGCGCAACAAGAUUACGUCAUGUGCAAAGCUUGUUAAAUGAUGGCUCGAAGGCAACCAAGGAUUAUCCUGAUGCAAUCCUGUGUAUUGCAGGUAUUGACAGCAGAUAUAAUGAUGGAAUGCUGGAACUCAUCAACUAUCUCUUGUUUGGAUUCUUUGAAAUCCGGAUGGCUGAGUUAGAAGGAUCAGGAUUUGAUGAAGAGGUUAUUGAUGAUGUGAUGUUUUUGAUACAGAGAGACAAGGUGGAUGUAUACUGUAACCCUAUCAACUACCACUACCUCCUGCCAUAUGUCAGUCACUGGAGAAAUGUCUACUUUCACUGUCUUACUGAUACAGAGUAUGAAGAUGAGGAGAAAGCAGAGGAUUUCAAGGUUACAAGUUUUGCCUCGAUUGUGAAGAACUGUAACAAGAUAGGCAUUCCUUACAGUAACUCAGCAAACCUACACAAGUUUGACAUUAUGUUGAUAGAAAAAUGGCCCAUAAUACAGAUAUAUGGUGUUGAGGGAGUUGGAAGUGGUGGAUUUUUCACAAUGCAGCAUGAGGUGACAGAUGUCAGUGAACAAGUUCACAAACUCUACAAUUACAUGGACCCAGUUGCUCUAGAGAACAUGGUUGUUGAGCAAGUGUCUAAGUUAGAAAGACAAUGGCAGACAAUGCUGUCUACAGUAGAUGUUUCACUAUCUGGUUCAAACCAUGGUGCAUUGACGGAAAAGAAAUGUUUUGAGCCCCUAAAGAGCUUCUAUGUUCAUGGUCGAGCCAGCAACACUGGAAAUGGAGACGGACCUUCUAAAGCAGACAGUUUGCCAUACCUCCUGUUUGGUAAAAAUUCCACAAAACAGAUGUUAGAUGGAGUCCAGAAGGCUUUGAGUAUGCCCAGCGGAGAUUUAAAAUCAACAUUGAUUGGUACUCAUGAAGCUAAUUUUAUGGUUUGCAGAGCUGUGUCUCCCAGGGGUCCUGUUACAUGCUCAAGGACGUAUUUCUUCAAUAAACAGUUUGUGAAUCCUUUUCAAGAGUCUAAAGUGACAGAGUAUGAAGCCAGUGCUGAUCUGAGGUUGCUGACAUUCCUGUAUGGAUCAAUGGUUGAUGCUGUUCUUACAGGAAUACAAGCUUAUUGCAACACAUUGAGUUUGAAACAGGCUGAAGAAGUAGCAGAAGAAACAUUGUAUGAGAGUUGUAGCGGGGCUAAGGAUGAUGUUGUGUCAGGGUAUGUCAAGACAGGACCUAGAAUACACUUCACACUACAGGCUGUGGAUCAUUCUGGCUGCAUGCACAGUCUGACAGAGGGCACCAGGAACCUGAUGGUAAAGUGUGCAUCUUUCACCUUGUAUGAUAUUCCAAGUUACGAGAAGUCUGGUACAGUCUUAGGCUCCCUUGUCUUCUCUGAAACUUUCCUAGACUCUGAGAUCAAAGUAUCUACUAAAGAUGGUAGUGUUGGCAUUAACAGCAGUUAUCUACUUCUUACAGAUCAUAUCCCGAGAUAUCAUUGUUGGACGCAUACUGGUCUUUCAGAAGAUAAGAAGUUGUUUCAGACGAAGUUAGAGGAUAAAAGUCUUUCUGAACAUUUUGGUGCAUUAUUAUUAUCUGGAGAUCCAAUCAACUUGGGAUGUGCUAGUACAUUAUGCAUGCCUCCAGAAGAAGCCAGUCUGUUUGCAUUCGAGAAUGGAUUGGUAAUUUUAUGUGAGCAGUAUGGUGCCAUAGUAUUACAUGGAAAUCACAUAAGAUCUGCGAGAUUCUAUGAUGGGGACACCUCAAACACAGUAGCUGUAUUAGUGAUAGAGUACCAUUCUACGUUUGUUCCAUUUAUCCCAUUCCAUUUGAGAAAUGAAGAGGGGCAGCUUAUGCUCAUGUUCACACCAAAGUCAAAGGCAUACAAACAUCUCUAUUCACAGGUGUUACAUACAUGGAGAGAAGAUGCAGAUUCUCCAAAGGUUAAAGUAGUCAGUGAACUUCCAGAAAAUUGUCACCUUAUGCAUUCAUUGAUUCAGCACCAUCACUCAUCUACUUCAUCAAACAGAGUGAAAACAGCCCUGCAGAAGGCAUCUGUCUCCCUGCCUCAUCUAUACAAAUUUCUAGACCAUUUCUCUGCAAGCAGUGUAGGUUGGUACCCAGUACCAGAAACAGAUUUACGUAAAGUUCUCAGAUUACCAAAAAAUGCUGAAAUAGAAGAGGAACCAGAAAUAGAGAUUGUAGUAGCAAUUAUCAGUGGUAUACCAGGCUCACAUCAAGAACAAAUGUGUGAUGUACUCUCUAAACUAUCUAAGGAUCAAAACAGAUAUGUAAUAUUGAAGCCACCUCUAGAUGGAUCUCAGCAAUUUAACCCUGUAGAUAUACAAGCUAAAUUGAAAGCUACACUAAAUGUACACAGAAGAAGAAAACAGAGUCAGGCAAACAUGUUGAAUACCAGAGUGCUGUACAUUGUACCAGGGUAUACAGAUAUAGUGAGUGUGGUACAAGCUGUGGAGUGUCAUCCUGAUGUAGAUGUCAGAACUCAUUGUGUUAUAGGGUCUGUUACAGCCUGUGUGGACCCCUUAAAUGUUUAUAUGGAACACAAAUUGACAUUCCCGUAUUUGUUAAACGCUUGUGAACAGGGGUGGGUAAAUCAGAUUGUGAUGACCUCUUCAACAGCCUUAAAGAAUGAUGACUUGGAAGAGGUUCAGCAUAUGUUGAGAUCUGUAAACAGUGAUGUUGCUUUCCUGCUGGCAGAACAGGGUAAUGUUUCCAGGAGCAUGGAUUUAGAUGCUAUACUAAGUGAGGAUAGUUUUCACCAGAGUGAGAAGGUUCGAGCCCGCUACCUGCUGUGUCCAGGGUGGAGACAAGGUCCCAACAGGCCGCUAACGGAACUGCUGAAUACUGUACAUCUAAAGUUCACAUUGCCACUAGAUAGAAAUAAACUGGUUGCAAAAUUAAGAGGUAUGAAGGCAACACUGUCAUCCUAUCCAUUUUCUGGCAACAUUUACAAUGUGCAAGGAAAAGUAAAAUUUACAGGUGCAAAGCCUGAAGAGUCCAUAGAACUUCACUACACAACAAUGAGUGGUGUGUUGUCAAUGCGACCAUACAGCGAGACAGCCAGGGAGAAGGCUCAGAAUUCUAGUAACUUUAUGGUGUUCACAGGAUCAGACUUGAGUCAGCCCAAACUCAAGGACUGGCUGAGGGACUGUGCCCCCAAGAAACCAGAGAAGAAAGAUCUUAUCUUGAGAAAGGAUAUAACUAGGGAUGUUAAAAACAAAAUACAUAAGGAGCAUCACCUGGACCCGCUACCUGAAGGCUGGUUCUAUAAUGGUACCCAGUAUGUCAGCUUUGAUGGAACAAAACAAGAUCAACAUCCCAAUUUGGAGGAGUUUGUAAAUGAUUAUGUAGCUCAGCAGAAUGUUGCUGUCACAGAAUACAACAAGAAAGUCGAGGAAAUGAUGAACAGUUACAGGGAUUUGUUCUCGUAAAAAAUCCCUGGAAAUAAUGUGCACUUUCCAGGAUAUGUCUCUAGAAAUGAACUGCACUUACAAAGAAUUUUCUCCAGAAAUGAUCUGCAGUUACAGAGCAUUGUCUCCUGAAAUGAUCUACAAUUACAAGGAUUUUUCUCAAUAUGGUUGACAGUUACAUAGAUUUGUUCUCAUAAAUAAACUCCAGAAAUUAUUUGCAGUUACAGAGAUUUGUUCUUAAAAAUAAUCUCUAGCAGUAAUCUACGUUUGCAGGGAGGGAAUACUUUCUGGAAAUGGUCAACAUUUACAUAGAUUUUUCUCUUAGAAUGAUCUAAGUUGGUUGGAUUUGUUCUGGUAAAUAAAAUCUGGAGAUGAGUGAGUGUUUUGGAUUUAUUCUCAUAAUUAAUCUCCUUAACCUUUAGCCUGCUGGUGGCAGGUGAUUUUGCAUUUGCGAAAAUUUGCCAAAAAUUGGGUUGAAUAUGAAGAUAUGAUCUGUUUAAGUAGGGUUUUAUAUUUUUAAUGGUCUACUUUCUGUGACAAUAGAAAAUUCUCACAUCAUACUUGUUGCUAAAGACUAGGCUUAAGGAUAUGAAUAAAUUGUGUUUUUUUUCACUGCUUCAUUUUAAUGAACUAUUUCAAGGCAAUAACUUAUUUUAAAAGUAGUGUGUUACAGACAUUUCAUAAAGAAAGUUGUAGCUUUCUGAUUGGCACUAUCUUUAUGCUUCAUCAGAAAAGAGCAGUGUUAUGGUUAUGAUAGAAGAAUAUUCGUAUAAAUGUUCACAAGUUGCUGUUAAUGUUAUGUUAAACAUGUGUUCAUUUUAUUACUUUCUUAGUUUGUUUUUUUUUUUUUCAAUUUAUUUUAGGUGGAUUAUAAAACAAGAUUAUUUUUUUUCAUCACUUUAAGCUUUUGAAUAUUGUCAAACUUUCGAUAUGCUACAAGGCAAUGUUGUACAAAUUUUACACAAUCUUAUCUACCAGAAAUACAAUAUACACCAAUUUAAGUCCGUCAUGGAAACAAUCUUUGGAUGCUAAUCCCUUCUUUGAAGAUGUUGUUAGUGAAAUAUAUUAUGUUUUUCCUUUAUACAUGAUAGUUAAAACAUUUACAUUUAUAGAAAUGUAUGUUGAUGUGUGUGUUGGAAGACAUACAGUUGAAACUCGUACUUGGAAUUCAAAGGGACGAGGUGUUUUACUUUGAGAUAACUGAAAUCCUUCUUAACCUUUAGCCUGCUUCCGGCAAGUUUCUGCUUUUGUGACCAGUGCAGACAAAGAUCAGCCUGCACAUCCAUGCUGAUCAUGGCCUGCACUGUUUGCCAAUCAGUCAGUAAAUUUUCAGUGAACACCCCUUCAAAUAAUUGGUACUGUCCAAAUUGAAAGAUGGACAAGUUCAUUAUAGAAAAUUAGCACGGUAAGGGUUAAAAAUGAUAAUUGGUGCACAUAAUUUUUGGAAGGGAUUUUGAAAUGUUCUUCAAGAUAGCUAGAGUUUCCGGAUAUGCGAGUUAGAGAUACUGAGUUUCAACGCAAUUCCAAGUAAGGCCCAUUUAAAAAAUCUGUGUUUGUUGUCCCCAGAUCAUUCUUUUCAAAAUUUGGCUAGUAGAUAAACUUGGGUUUUGGAAAAUAAUUGUUCUCUUGCUUGUUGAAUUACAGAACUAUGAAAUUAAAAAUAAACAGGAAAUGAAGCUGGUUGUUUACUUUUUUUCAUUUUCCUGUUUGACUGGUUCAUUAAUACAUGUUGUCACUUAAAAAACAUUAUUUUGGAAUGGUAAAAAGUAAAUUUUAGUUUUGGGGGAGGGGUGUAUUUUAGAGUAGGAAGGGAGACAGCAAAACCAUAUUUUUUUAAUGGGGCCUAAAGUCUAUGCUAUCUUCAAGAAAAUAUUUUCACAUGUCUUCUUUUAAAAUGAAUAUUCUGUAUACAUUCCAGCUACAUGUCUGUGAUAUUUAAAAAAUCCAUCCAUAUUUUGUAUUUUUGUAUGUUAUAUGCUGUUGAUUUUCUCCACAUGAUCUCCUUGCAAUAACAGUUCUGACAAUUUGCAACAUGCCGAAUUGACAUUCUGAUGCUUGUAUAUACUGUUGAAAUUUUGUUUAUGCAUAAAAAAGGAAGAUAGAGCUGAUUUACAACCUUCAAAAAUAAACCUCGCCCCCACAAAUUUCUCUCAUUACCUCUCUAACAUACGUGGACAAAUGGUACAUUAAUUUCAGAAAUUUACUUCAUUUUAGGCUUAACAUAAAGAUGCAUAAUUAUAAAAUGUACUUGUCAUCAGUAAGACAGAAACAGCUGUCUCGGUAAGUGGCCAUUCAUCAGAUAAAGAUUAUGAAGUAUAUUUUGUAAUCAAGUGUUCUUGACAACUGAGUUUUUUUUGUUUUUUUUUUUAAUUUUUCCAGUUUCAUUACCUUUAGAAGUGCUAUUAUUUAUAUGCAUAAUAUCAUAAUGUGUCUUUUUGUUUUGAAUAUAUUUGUUUGUUCAUAUGAUUUAACUAUUAGUGUUUUAAAGUUGCUCAGUAUUAAACUGUGUGCUUACCAUCAGCAUAUCAGCUGUA